GCUGCCGCGCGCGGGGGGCGGCCGCACGGGCCAAACCGGCGGCGAUCGCCCACACAGCUACCCCAAUAAAAGUACCACCUCGCUGCCGUUUUCCCACGGCGCGUCGUACGAGAGCGGAGCGCAAGUGGGCGUGCAAGUGGUUUAGUCUACAGAGGUUGGCGGUUUGCCGAUGGAGAGAGGCGACGGAGGAGGAGGGAUGGCGCCGCGGGGCGGUGGCGGCGGCGGCGGGGGCGUGGUGGGGUCGGCGGAAAUGCUGGGGCUGGACAUGCACCUUGCCCCGCAGCAGAUGCACCCCACCGCGUUCCAGCAGCAGCCGGACCACCACCACGGCGGCCGUGGAGGCGGGUUCCAGCUACAGCAGCUGGCGCCGGUGAGGCAGCAUCAGCAGCAGCAGCAGUCGUCGUUCUCGCCCUACUCCACGUCGUCGUCCAGGGUGGUGACGGCGGCUGCGGGACACGACGAGGUGGUGCAGCAGCAGCAGCAGGUGGGAUCGGCGGGGUGCCCGUGGACGAGGAUGAAGUGGACGGACGCCAUGGUGCGGCUGCUGAUCAGGGUGGUGUACAGCGUCGGGGACGACGGGGAGGGCCUGGUGGCGGCUACUGCUGGCGGUGGAAGCAAGGCGGCGGCGCAUGGGAAGGUGGGCUCGUCGUCGUCCGGGCACGGGCACGCGACCGCGCAGCAGCAGAAGAAGGGCAAGUGGAAGUCGGUGUCCCGCGCCAUGAUGGACAAGGGCUUCCUGGUGUCACCGCAGCAAUGCGAGGACAAGUUCAACGACCUCAACAAGCGCUACAAGCGUGUCGUCGAUCUGCUCGGCCGCGGCCGGGCGUGCCGUGUGGUUGAGAACCACGCGCUGCUCGACACCAUCGACGACCUCUCGCCCAAGGCCAAGGACGAGGCGCGCAAGCUGCUCAGCUCGAAGCACCUCUUCUUCCGCGAGAUGUGCGCUUACCACAACAGCGGCGCCGCCGGCUCGCACGUGCCUCCGCACGCCGCCACCGUGGCGGGCGAUGCUGCCUGCCUCCACCACCCGCCGCCGGCGCUCGUAGCCGCCGCCUCGUCCGCUGCUCGCCACGCGCAGGCGGCCCCGUCCACUCCGGGGAUGAAGGACUCUUCCGCCGAUGCGGCGGAAGACGACGACGACAGCGAGGACGCCGUGAGCAACAACGAGGAGGACGAGGAGGACGACUACGACGAGGACGAUGAAGGGCACAUGUACCACAACCAGCGCGUCCACCACCACCACGGCGGCGGCGGGCGCAACAAGCGCGGGCGUGGCGAGGACAGCGCUGGAGCGGAGGACCUCGAGGAUGAGCCGGACGCCGGUGGGAAGCGCGGGAGGAGGCCGCCAAGCGAGCCGUCGGUGGCGGUGCAGCAGCUGCAGAGCGAGCUGGCGUCCGCGACAGCGGCGGCGACAGACCCGCAGCAGGCGCGGUGCUGGGUGCGCCGGCGCGCGGUGGAGGUGGAGGAGCAGCAGGUGUCCCUGGAGUGCCGCGCGUACCAGCUGGAGCGGCAGCGUCUCAAGUGGGAGCGGUUCCGCGCCAACAAGGAGCGCGGCAUGGAGCGGGCUCGCCUGCACAACGACCGCCUCCGCAUCGACGGCCGCCGCAUGCUGCUCAUGCUCCGACACAGGGACCUCGAGCUGGACAUCGCGGAGGCCAACUCGUCCUCAGUCGACCACCACUCCGCGCCGCCACCGCGCGCCGCCCAGCAGCAUCAGCAGAAGCAGAUUGGCUCCAGCCCCUCCACCGCCGGCCACCCCAACUAGCAUGGCGUGCCUUUCCAUUCGCGGUACUCAGCACUCAGCAGUAGCACUUCUUUCGAAAAAAACGGAAGCUUUAGUGUAUUUGUAGCAAUAGCAUCAGGUUGGGUCAUGGGUGUGUGUUUACAUGGGGCUUGUGUCAGGUUGAUAGACUUUGUAUGACCGCAACCAACUUUAGUUGGGGAGUGGAGAUAAGAUGUGAUUUCACAUCUUAUCCCCCACUCGUUAGUUCCAGCAUCUCCUAAGCACUCUCA